AUGACUUUCACCGGAUCUGUUCUACUCGCCUUUGUCUUUGCCGCUGUUGUUCAUGCAGCUGGCGAUAAAGCUCAGGCUAAAGCUCUCGGCAACUCCAAAGACGCUGCUCAGGCUUGCUUCGGCGACGCCACGCCGUUCUUCUUGCCUGGCGACCCAGACAAAGUAUUAAACUGCUGUAUCGCUCCCCGGUCCGUUACUUGGUUUGACCAAACCGCUCAAAUCGGAGAGUGCUGCUCCCCUGGUCAAACCUGGACCGGCAACCAAACCACCCUCGAGGGUGGCUGCUGCGACGGUGGUCAAAAUUGGUCGCAGGAUAAAGCCUCUGGUCUUGGAGGAUGCUGUGCCCCUAGCUUGGUAUUUGUCGGUGACAGAGCCACGAAGACCGGGGGGUGCUGCACCGCCGGAAUGAGCUGGUUGAACGGUAAAUGUGCGCAGUCCCCGCCCCGCGCUACGUGCCAGGACCUUGCCGACCCCGUUUGCGGUGACACCGACGAUCUCGGUAUCCAGUAUGGGCACUGCUACAUCCUCAAAUUCCCCGAUGGCACCCAAUUGGGUUCCAACCACGAUGGCCCGGCCUACGCAAAGGAUGGGUUCUUCAAGGACAUUCCUUUCAAAGUUUGCCGCAGCACAACAGACUGCGCGUUGGGAGAAGCAGUGCCUACGGACGGACAAUUCCUUCUUCAGGACCAGAUGGGCAGACCUGAGAAUGCUAAGGGGACUAUCGGAUGGGUUGACAAUGGUGCUGGCGGCACACACAUCAAGUUCAACACCAACGCGGCUCAGGCCGGCGUCUUCGAGGGUAUCCCGGCAUGCUCUGGUGGAAAGUGCUUCAUCAGGUUGAGACGAAUUGGUGCUACGUGCCCGAUGCCCGACCACGGCCUUACUUUCUGGCCUAACCCAAAGGUCAGCAUGAUGAUUAGCUUCACGGAGACUGCGUGCUCGGGUCCAGACGCGCCAUUUGUCCCUGUUACUUCUGCCAACCCCGCUGGCCUUCUCAACGCCUUCCGCGCCCCACGUCCUUCCCACCCCGGGAGCAACGCAAGCCCGGCAGCUCCAGUCUCGCAACAAGCCCCUUCUUCCCUCGUGGCAUCCGCCACCUCCGCGCGCGCGAGUGCGACUGAGGCAGCUGUGUCGGCCGCACGUGAAGGAGUUUCUGCGACCGUGGCAGCCGCAUCAGCAGCCGAGUCUGCACCCGCUACUUCCGCUAGCCCGGCUUCUGCGAGAGCUAUUCUCCCCAGGCUCAAUUGGGCGUAG